AUGAUUGAUGCCGCCAUUUUGAGCGUUGGGUAUACGCUUGAGAAAACCAAUGUAGUGCUAACGAAGGAAGGGAAAAUCGAAGGAUAUUUAGCGGCUAACGGCUUAUGCUAUGAAUAUGCCGGUAUUAGAUAUGGAGUUCCUAAUAAAUUUCGGGCUCCAUCCCCACCACCAAAGUUCUCAGAUGUGUACAAAGCUAACAACCCCAACGUUAUAUGCCCGCAAUUUCCAACACAUGAUCCUCUAACUGCCCCAAGUGAAACCGAAGACUGUCUGGUACUAAAUGUUUAUGUCCCAUCAUUCCAGAACAGCACAUUCCCAGUCAUGGUAUUCCUCCACGGCGGAGACUUUGGGGUAGGAUCUGGUUCCCCAGCGUUUUAUGGGGCAGAAUAUUUGAUCACGCAUGGUGUGAUUGUCGUCACUUUGAAUUAUAGACUCAAUGUCUAUGGUUUCCUUAAUUUGGGUAUUCCUGAAGCUCCAGGAAACGCAGGCUUAAAAGAUGUUAGAGCGGCUUUGAGGUGGGUUAAGGAGAAUAUUGCCAGUUUUCAUGGAGACCCUGAUAAUGUCACUGUUUUUGGUCAAGGUUCUGGUGGCUUAGCAGCUAUAUAUCUUACAAUGUCAGAAUCAACUAAAGGUCUAUUCCAUCGAAUAAUAUCAGCAAGUGGUACUCCAUUCGCACCACAAUCCUUCGAUGCCAAUCCGUUAGCAACUGCCCGACAAGUUGCCAAAUCUUUAGGUGUUAACAGUAAAAAACCAAAAGAAUUACUAGAUUUAUACCUAAAUACACCAAUAAAUAAAGUCGAAGAAGCAAUAGGAAAGCAAAUGAAUCCUAAAUCAGUAUUCCUACCAUCAGUAGAAAAGAUAUUUGACGGUGAGGAACCAUUUUUGACAGACACACCCUACACGAUUCUGUUUACAGGCAAAAAACACAAAUGCUUUAAUCCAGUGCCAAUUAUAAUUGGUAUCAACACUGUGGAAGGCUUGACCAGUACAUUGGAUUACUAUACUAUAACAAGCCUAAUGGACAGAAUUAAGAAUGAGGAUUAUUCCGCUCUCGAUCAGAGAAGCCUGAUAAUCCCUCCAGAAGAUAAGGAAGAAUUCCGCAACCUCAUGAAGGAAACAUUCUUCACUAACACAACAUCCGACGAAUCUUUGGUUGGUGGAAUAAUUAAUUUAAACACAGAUUUCUCGUUUGUCGGUCCAAUUUCCCUGUUUACAGAACUAUAUAGCAAUAGUUCUGGCAUGCCAGUAUACCAAUACAUAUUCAAUUAUAUUGGCAAUCGCAAUCUUGGAAGGAUAUUAACGAAUAGCAGUUUGGAUGCAACAGCCAAUCGGGAUGAAUUGUUUUAUAUAUUUGAGCUUGAGAGGAUGCCUUUGCCAAUGGACGAAAAUGACGCCAGGAUAUUGACAUUUAUGACGAUGAUGUGGACAAACUUUGCCAAAUAUGGAUCACCAACCCCAGAUCCAAGCAAUGGUGAGUGGUUGCCCCGUUAUCACCUAUCGAUAGACUUAGAACCUCAGUACGUCGCGCCCUUGACACCUGAAAGAGCGUAUUUCUGGCGCCAUUUCUAUUUUAAAUAUGGCGCUGAUAUACCGAAAGAAUAAAUUUUUAAUUGCAUAGUUUGUA